UCCCCGUUAUUCUCGACGGACUUAGGAGUUAGGACCACACUCACCUAGCUUAUAAUUUACCAGAGCCCAAUCCCAACCGUGCAACGGAAUCCCUGCCAACAGUGUCAUCGUCAUCAUCAACUCCACCUCCAACGCGCACUCUCUCUCUUUCUCUGCACAGCUGAACAAGAUACGCUCAGCCCUUGGAGGCAGAAUUCAACUACGCGCCUGCAGAGAAUUUUCAGAGUUCCGGUUCAAGAAUUCGAAAUGGUAUAGAGAGAGAUAAUUGCGAGUGUUUUGAUAAGAAACCUGUGUGUUGGCGAGAGUGAGAGAUCGGACAGGAAUAUAUGAAGAAGUGUACAGGAAUUGGAGAAGAAUCAGUGAUGAAUGUGGGACAGAUUGGUGUGAGGUUGACUAGAGCUCGGGCGGCUCUUGCAGUGGCUUCGGCGGUGACUAGUUCGCGGACGUCAAAAAGGAGGAAGGUAAGCAGCGGAAAAUUGGAGUUAUCUUCAUUGUUAGCUAAGCUAAGACGUCGCCGUCGUGUCCUGGUUACACCACAAAAUUCGACUUCGCCUCCAACGUCGGGGAAUUCUAGACGACAGAUGACUUCUUCCAACGUUCUGCGCCAAAGAACUAGCUCUGAUCACGCUCUCGCUUCUUAUUGCUCGAGUAAUGGAUCAAGCGAGCUCGCGAACGGGAUAGUGAAAUUCGUAGAUCUGGAGGAGGAGGAGAGUGCUGAAGUUGAAACAUCGACGUUUGACAUCCACUGCAGGGAAAGAGAGAGGAGAGAAAUGACACCGGCAAGCGAGCUUCGAGCGGAAUCCGGAGAGCUGGAGCCAACAGGGAGGCCUUCGGAGGCUAGUUCUCGCCGCCGAUCAACAGCACUCGAGAAAAUGCCAUCAGAAGCCGAACUCGAAGAAUUCUUCGCCGCAACAGAGAAAAAUGUCCAGAAAUGUUUCGCGGAAAAGUAUAACUACGACAUUGUGAAGGACGUGCCUCUGGAAGGUCGCUACGAGUGGAUUCAACUAAAGCGGUGAAGAAGAAACAAAAGACCAACCACGUUGACAACAAGUAUUUACAUAUUUAAUUUUUGGUAGCUUUUUUUUUUUUUUAUGAAUUGGUAGAUGUUGUACUUGUACAGCUCUCUCUCUCUCUCUCUAUUUAUCUGAAUUUGAAUGAACCUCUCUCUACUUCUGUUAGUGGGGGGAUGGGAUGCAUAUGGGGUUAGCUUCUGAAAAAAUUGAACACAUGGAGGAAGAUAAAAGCUCUCUGGUUUUAGUACUUAUUAAAUUUCUUGUGUCUC